AUGGCCUCAUCUCGGACGGUCGUCGUGUUGGCGCUGCUGCUGCACGCGGCGUGCCUCUCAUCGCCGCAUCGUCUCGUCGCGGGCUACUCUUCGCCUCUCAGUGAAGCAGCAAGCACCCGCCGCGAGAUGGCCAAGGCGCCUGUCAAUUGCCCCGACGGCGUGGUGUGCCCGAUGGGGGCGUACUGCCGGUUGGACCGCAACGACUUCCCCUUCUGCACGUGCCCCUUCGGCCAUGCCCUAAACAACGGCUAUUGCAACCGUUACUACAGGUGGCGAACGGUCGGCACAAGCGUGGUCCUCUACAACGCCCCCUCCUUCGCCAACUCGCCCGCCACGCUCCCGCCGGCCGUGCUGCGCGACCCGCCGCCCAACUCAUCCGCGUGCACACUCGUGCCCAAGGGGUUCAGCGGCACGGUGGGGUCGCUGCGCAUCCUGUGGAAUGUGGAUGACGGCAUCAGGGAUCAACCGGUGUGCGGGAAGGUGCUGUUCUGGGAUAAGAGCAACUGCUCCGGGUCGGCAUCUGUGUACGUGAUUCCCGGCAAGUGGACGACCGCCAAGUUUAACAAGCUCGACUACGCCACCACCAGCGUCAAGAAGACAGCCGGCGUGGACGCCAAAGCGCGGUCCUUCUCGUGUCUGAUGGCCGUGAAGCCGAACGUCACGAACCUGUGUGACAUAGCGUCGUGCCCGCCUGACUCCACGUGCACCCUCCUGAAGAACAGCUCCUUGGCGCAGUGCACGUGCGGAUUCGGACUUGCCAUGGACCCCGAUGGUGCCUGCGUUGACGCGUGCUCCAUCAAGGACUGUGGCACGGGUGGCUCUUGCGUCAUUCUAUCAAACGACAACGCGUAUUGCAAUUGCAAGCAAGGCUACGAGCUGGAAGGUGUAUUAGGGACUUGCAUCGGAGAAGGCCAAUGCAAGGACUGCCUUCAGGGUACCUUUGGCCCCAACUCUCUACCGUACCCUUACUGCGCCCCUGGCUUCAACAUGAAUUCUGGUGUUUGCCUGCCUG